AUGGGAAAUCUUUGGGCUUAAUGUUUAGCUGAUGAACCAGAAGAAACGAAUGAUACAUACAUUAAGACAAACUAAUAGAUAGGUGACUAAUCUCAAAAUGUUUCAGUUCAAAAUAUCAAAAAAGAUUAAGACAUUAACUUGUUUUAGUAAAAAUAAUAAGAAGAGAUUAAAGAAGUAAAAGAAACAAUUUAGGAAUGUUAUUUCUGUUAGAAUCAUUACAAAUAAUUGGUGCAUUAAUAGAAUAUAGGAUUUAUAGUAUAUCCUUAAAUUCGAUAGUAAAUAGCCAGAAGUCAUUUUUCAAAAAUCAAUCAAUUAAAAGAAUCAAAUUAAUUCUCUGAACCUUUGGCUAUUCUUUAAAAUGAUCCAAUUUCUUAGUAUACAUCAGAAUGGUUUUAAUUGGCAUUAUCAUUACCAAAAUAUAUAAGAAGUAAGGAGCAUUUUGAAGGACAUCCAGAAUAAUAAUAAUUCAAUUUCCUACAUUCUACUUUAGAUGAGAAUGAUCUUCAUUCAUUAAUAUGUUUAAAAUGGUGUGUUGUUGAUUUUUUUAAACAGUAACAUUCUCUAUUUCCAAAAAAUUAUUUCUUAGAGAGUUGUUGUGUAGUAUUUUAUAAUAUUGCUCAUUUGUGUCAAUUCUAUAAUGAAUUGUAUUUGGAAAAUUACAAAGAAAAUGAUUAUGCUCAUAAUAUAAGACUUUAUAUUAACUUAUAUCAUUAAUAUUAGAAAUUAAUGAAUACAUUUUAAAAUUAAUAUGAUUUACAAUGUGAUCUAUUCUAAUUAAUGUAUGAGAAAUAAUUCAAUAUUUAAGAAGAUAAGUCUAAUUUCUAUCCUCAUUUUAAAUUAAUAGGAUAUAUGAUUAGAUUUUGGUGUUAAAUCACAUUAACAACAGAAGUACAGAAAAUUCUAAACUUAAGUUAUAGUAAUCUAAAUCUUGAAAUUGAUAGAGAUUUAAUUUAAAAAUAUGUAAUAGUUGCUUUAGAUGUUGAUAUCGAUGAAUAUAAUGUUCAUUGGAUAGGUCAUAGAGAAUUUUUUUAAAUUGAGAAAACUCUAUUAGGAUAUAAUAUUAUUGAAUAUCUAGUAGAAUAAUAAUAAAUUAUUAAUUCUAAUUUCUAUUAAUAAAUUGAUGAGAAAUUAGAUGAGUUAAGAUAAUUAUAUCCUUAAUGGUUUUUUGAAGUUGAGUUUGAAUGUUUAGGAAUUUAACAUAAAAUUGCAAGAUUAGUAUCAGAAGUUAAAUCUUAGAAUUCUUCUGAAAUAGCUAAACUCAAAAAAACUGAUGAUACAGAUAAUAUAGAGAAUUGCGGAAUUUAUUAAUUUGAAAUUAUUUUAAAUUCUGCCAACACAUUAAAAUAGGAGAAUUCUGAAGAUAAGGAAGUUGAAUUGAUGGCAUUAUAUUUGUAGGAGUCUAAUUUAAUGCCUAGAUCUAAAUUCAGGUAAUCUGGCUCUUUUUAAUCAACUGUUACAUCUUUUGGUUUUAAAUAAAAAGGAUUUAAUUAUUCAACAUAAAGUAUUUUAAAGGCCAGUUAAGAGGCUUUAUAAAUUAGUAAAGAGAUUGGAGUAGAAUACAAAUAGAAAUUAACUGAAUUUAAUGAUAGAUUAUAAAGAGUUCAAGAUAAUAUCAGUUCAAGAGAGCAAAUCUUAGAAGAAAGAGCAAAUCUAUUAAAAAUUUCUCUUGAUGUUAAUUUUGAAUGGCUCAACUUUUUUAGGAAAACAGAUUUUAGUAAAAUCCCUGAAGCUAAUAAAAUACUUAAGAAAUAUAUCAGAAAUAUACUGUUAACAUUGGUAUCCUUUGAUUCAUGUUAUGAAUCUCAACUAAUUUAAUUCUAAUGA